CCGGAUCACUACUACAGGCGGAAGUUACAGGCGCUUGUGUUGGUGAGGUGAACAUCUCCCGUGGUGAGAAAGUGGAAAGCAGCGUAAAGGAUAAACAGCAGGCACAUCAUAUAUGUGGACGCGGUGGAUUUAUUUUCCCUUCCUGCAUUGGCAGACUGCUGGUUUUCGUCGAUAAAGGCAGACUGGCAUAUUUAUUGAGUUUGAUGGUCAGAUCGUGAAGCUCUCACAGUAACUAACACACGCGCUUUGAUUGGAACGUACAGACACUCUGGUACAUUGAUACAUUGUGGCCAAACGGCGCGUUUCCGACUCUUUUUAAUACGCGAUACAUUGUGGCCAAACGGCGCGUUUCCGACUCUUUUUAAUUCCCUGAAGCGGGAGAGAAGAAACAUUCACUUUAUUCAGCGAUGACUCGAUUGGGUUUAACAUAACUGCUAAAUCACGUAUGUGACUUACACAACAGCCAACCUAGUGGUGCCUUUUAUUUUGGGGGUUUGCACUGGAUUUACAUUGUAAGUGACAGAGAUGGCAGACAGCGGUCGGGUGAAGCACGACAGCCCGAGCUCGAGCCCCGGACCCAGGAGAAAAAGGACGCAGCAGUCGCCCGGUUCAAAGGCGCGGUAUUCGGUUAACGCUCCCGGACACUGCUUUCGGAGAGUGACCCUGACCAAACCGACCUUCUGCCAUCACUGCAGCGACUUCAUAUGGGGGAUUGUCGGGUUUGUUUGUGAAGUGUGUAACUUCAUGUCACAUGAGAAGUGUUUGAAGCACGUCAGGACCAUGUGUUCCUGUAUGGCUCCCACACAAGUUCAGGUUCCUGUAGCGCACUGUUUCGGUCCCGCCGGCCAGAAGAAGAGGUUCUGUUGUGUUUGCCGAAAGCAUCUGGAAGGCAGUUCAGCUCUGCGCUGUGAAGUGUGUGAGCUACACGUUCACAGCGACUGUGCCCCGUUCAGCGUUAGCGACUGUCGUGUCUGCCACCAAGAUGGAGGGCAAGACGUUGACACGUACCAGCACCACUGGCGGGAGGGGAACAUGUCCUCAGGUGCCCGCUGUGAGGUGUGUCGUCGCACCUGCAGUUCUUCGGACACCCUGGCUGGCAUGAGAUGCGAGUGGUGUGGGGUUACAGCACAUGCGUCAUGUUACAUAAUCAUCCCCCCAGAGUGCGGCAUGGGGCGGUUGCGGAACAUGAUUCUUCACCCCAGCUGCGUGCGGAUCUGCUCGCGGAACUUCAGCAAAAUGCACUGUUACAGAAUCUCGGAAAAUUCCCACCACAGCGAGAUGGAUAACCUGGAUGAUGUCGAUACUCAGAGUCCAGUAACUUCAAAGGAAACUCAGUCUACGGGAUCCGCUGACACGGGUAAACAGACGCUGAAAGUUUUUGAUGGUGACGAUGCAGCUAAGCGGAAUCAGUUUCGUUUGGUUUCAAUCCCUCGAAUAAUCAAGAAUGAGGAAGUAGUGGAAGCAUCGCUCAGAGCGUUCUACAUCCCAGAUGAACUGCAGGAUUACGAGCUACAGAGUUAUAGCCAACAGGGACUGUUUACAGAUGACAUCAUCAACCGUAACGGCACACCAGACAACAAGCCCAUUUUUAAGGAUACCGUGUCUGAUUCCUGGCUGCUCAGAUCAAAACCCAGAGAAGUGGAAGUGAUGAAGAUUUAUCCCGGCUCGCUCAAGGUUGGAGUCACCUCAGUUACUGCUGGGAAAAGCAGCACAGUAGACUCAAUCGUAAAGGAAGUGCUGUCACAAACAGGAAAACAGAAUGAAAACCCUACUGACUUCAACCUUGUAGAAGUUUUCAUGAGCAGCAAACAAGUGCAACGGCAAGUCCUCAGCGGUCAGGAGAUUUUACUGGACAAACUGCAGGAGAUACGGAAGACAUCGUUGCGACAGAUGAAUCAGACACGGUUUUACAUCGAGGAAAGCAGGAAUCGAGUGGCACAAGUCAAUCUGCUCUUGGGAGGCUUUCCGACACAGCUUGACAGAGAGGAAUACACACACCUGCUAUCCGAACACCUCGCAGUCAAAAGUCAUUUGGUCACCAUCACUCACGUGUACACUGGACAAGGUGCAGUGGUCCUGCAGAUCAGCUGUUUCUCAGAGGCGGAGAGGAUUUACAUGCUGGCCAAAGACACAAGCAUCAGCGGCAAACAGCUCUACUCACUUGUCAUACCUGAGAUCAUGCAAAGCAAGCUGGCCAAAGGAAGUUGCCCCCUGCUAGUCUUUGUCAACCCUAAAAGUGGGGGAUUAAAGGGUAGAGAGAUCUUAUACAGUUUCCGGAAACUUCUAAACCCUCACCAAGUGUUUGAGCUGACCAGCGGAGGACCACUUCCUGGGUUGCACACGUUCAGGGACGUCCCUCACUUUCGUAUCUUGGUGUGUGGAGGAGACGGCACAGUGGGAUGGGUGCUGGGGGUUCUGGAGUCCAUCCGGCACAAAAUCACCUGUCCUGAGCCAGCAAUCAGCAUUAUACCACUGGGCACCGGGAACGAUCUGGCUCAGGUGUUGCGAUGGGGGGCGGGCUACAGCGGCGAGGACCCCUACAACACCCUGCUGUCUGUGGACGAGGCAGAGGAAGUGCAAAUGGACCGCUGGACAAUUCUUCUGGAUGCACAGGAAAUGACAGAGGAUGGCAAAGUGAAUGGCUUCCUAGAGCCACCCAAGAUUGUGCACAUGAAUAAUUAUUUUGGGCUGGGAAUUGAUGCUGAACUGAGUCUGGACUUUCAUCAUGCACGUGAGGAGGACCCAGACAAGUUUAAUAGCAGGUUCCACAAUAAAGGUGUGUACGUAAAGGUGGGCCUGCAGAAGUUGAGUCACACACGAAACCUUCAUAAAGACAUCAGCCUGCAAGUGGACAGAAAGGACUUGGAACUGCCCAGUAUAGAGGGACUGAUAUUCCUCAACAUUCCCAGCUGGGGUUCUGGUGCUGACCUGUGGGGCUCAGACAGUGACUCUCGGUUUGAGCGGCCCAGGAUAGACGAUGGGAUGCUGGAGGUUGUGGGAGUUACUGGUGUUGUGCACAUGAUUGUGCACAUGAAUAAUUAUUUUGGGCUGGGAAUUGAUGCUGAACUGAGUCUGGACUUUCAUCAUGCACGUGAGGAGGACCCAGACAAGUUUAAUAGCAGGUUCCACAAUAAAGGUGUGUACGUAAAGGUGGGCCUGCAGAAGUUGAGUCACACACGAAACCUUCAUAAAGACAUCAGCCUGCAAGUGGACAGAAAGGACUUGGAACUGCCCAGUAUAGAGGGACUGAUAUUCCUCAACAUUCCCAGCUGGGGUUCUGGUGCUGACCUGUGGGGCUCAGACAGUGACUCUCGGUUUGAGCGGCCCAGGAUAGACGAUGGGAUGCUGGAGGUUGUGGGAGUUACUGGUGUUGUGCACAUGGUGUGCAUGCUGAGAAAGUCCAAGACCAAGCAGAAGAAACAAUCAGGCAGUUUGAAGGAAGGCCGUUCCGACAGUCCAGCUCCCAGUGACGGUGGGCAGUGA